AUGGAAGGCUUAAAGGCUCCAUCAUUAAGCUCAUUAAUAUCAGGAACUGAUCGAGGAUCAAGUGACUCUCUUUUGGGAUCACUAAAUCUCGAUUUAGAUGAGAUUGAUGAUCUUUCGAUUCCACCUGUAGAAGAACUGCCUUCAUUAGAUGCUAUUAUGAGUGAAUUUGACAGCGAUUUAGAUAGCAUAAGCAAUAAUUUAUUAGGAGAUAAUAGAAUUAAUCCAACACCGACUCCAUCAUUUGAUGAAAAGCAACAGACUGGAUCGAUUCUUCGACAUGUUAUCUUUCAGGGCGUAACAACACAAAUUGGAUCUGCUUCGGAUCGAACUGAAGCUGGACUUGCGUCCGCAUUAGCAGUGUCAAGAAUGGUAGCAAUCGGAACAUCUCACGGAUUUAUUUUGGCUUUUGAUAGUUCACAAACAUUAAAAUGGUGUUGCUUAGAGGGUCAAAAGAAACAACAAGGAGCUGUUUCGUCAAUGUCAUUUAAUUCCGAUGACACGAGACUUUUAGCAGGGUUUUCACGUGGAGCCAUUCUAAUGAUCAAUACAAUGACAGGAGACGUAUUACGAACACUUUUCGACGCCAUAUCACCAAAUGCUGGUGUUUUAAACAUUAAAUGGACGUCACGUGCAACACUUGCAUUAUCACUUGACACUGGUGGAUCAGUUUGGUCACUUUCGUUCACAAGACGAAUGGGAAUUCGAGGAUGUGACUCGAGAUGUCUUUUCAGCGGUGCCAGGGGUGAAGUUUGUGCACUUGAGCCUUUAAUAGUCAAUGACGAACGUCAUCCGUUUCAACAAAGCUACACACUUGUCGCUCUCGCAACACUCAGUAAAUUCUUCAUUCUCAUGAUCAGGCCACGACUGAAAGUUGUCAAAUAUCACAUGUUAAAUGGACCACCAGACAGCUUGCCUUUGCUCUCUUGGCAAAUGGUGUUAAUUCAAUCAGCUGAUUCUAGUCGAAGUGUUGACCCAGUUCUGGCAACUGGUAGGGGAUCGUCGCUUUAUUUCCAUCAACUUUCAUUUUUGAAUGGUCGCAUUUCAGUGACACUUUUACGUCAUAUAAGUUUAACUUAUAAUCUUCUAGCACUUCAUUGGCUUGGACCAAAGAACAUUGCAUGUGUUGAACGAAACUCAGAAACUCUUCAUUUGAUUGAUGUAAGAACAAGUCGAGAGCUUGAGACGAUUGAUGCAUCAAAUUUCGGAAUUGUUUAUUCAUCUGCACAAUUUAAAGGAAUUGCAACUGGGGGAAAUGUUUCACCAGCUUUAGCUCUUGCUGGAACUUUCGCAUGUUACAGCACAAUUGUUGCAAAUGAUUUAAAUGGAACGCUUUACAUUCUGGGGAAGAGAAGUUUACAUGGGAUCAAUGCUCGUAAUUGGAGUGAACGAUUAUCGUAUUUAACAGCGAAACAAAAUUGGACGGAAGCUUUUGAACUUGCAAUCGAUGGUUAUAAGAGUAGUUCUGAGAAACCAAAGCGUCAUGGAGUCUCUAAAGAUCGCAUCAUUCAUUUAUUCGAAGAUUAUUUAAAUGCAACGACGAGAAGUCCUGAAUUGUGCUUGGAAAGUGCAAUAAAAUGUUUGAUUGAAGUUGACAAAACUGAAUAUUUAUGGCAAGAGUUAUGGGAGCGACUUUUCUCUCACGAUCUUUACUUAAACAUCAUAACUCAACAUAUUCUCGAUGAUAAUCUAACAACGAUAUCUCCGACAGUUUCACAAGCACUUUUAGAUUAUUGGUCGAAGAUUUCUCUUGAUAAACUUGAGACAAUUAUCUUGAAAUUAAAUUGGCAAUGUCUCGAUCUUCAUCAAGCUUUAAGCCUAGUCAAGCAUCUGCAAUUGUUCAAAGCGCAGAUGCAUCUAAACACCAAAGCACUCAGUGAUUACACAGCAUCGCUUGUUGAAUUGAUUCCUUACAUCAACAUCGAUGAUAAUAACGACCGAUCAUUGGGAAAUAAUUUAUUGGUUUACAUAUCGAGUUGUCUCGCGGGUCGUGGCUAUCCAACGGGUGAAAUUGCUGACGAUAUGGUCUCGAAUGUUAAAUAUGAGAUUAUGAGAACAUUAACAGCUCAACAUUCAAUGAAAGCAGAUGACAAUGAACCGACGUAUCCUUAUCUGAGAGAAUUGCUGAAAUUUGAUACACGUGAGACGUUAAAUGUUCUUUCACUUGCAUUUAUGGAGAAUGAAUUUAGCUCCGAACUGGGCUUGUCGCAUCGACAAAGGAUUAUUAACAUUUUAUUGGAGAUUGUCGAUGAUGAAGAAUCUGAUCAAUUUGGAAUACUCUGUAACUUCAUGUCACAACAAAUCACCACGAAAAGCCUUCCAGACACAUUAACGUAUCUCACCAAGAUCAUCAACUACAUCACGUCCGACAGUAACUUUCCAGUGAAUUCUCGUCAACAUGUUGAGAAGGAGCAAACAUUUUUGAAUCUUAUGGAAGCGAAUGCUUUGUGCAGUCGAAUGACAUUUGAAGAGCUUCUGGAAAUUGCUUAUAGAACAAAAUGUUUCUUAGUUGCGCGGUUUAUUUACGAGAAGCUUAAAAAGUAUGAGAAGAUAAUCGAAUGUUUCAUUUUAAGUAACAACAGUUAUGAGUUGUUUCGAUAUAUUUUGGAAUAUAGAAACAAUGAUGAGAGGAAAAUUUAUCAGCAAAUUUAUGAUAAUUUCCAAUCGAUGAUGGAGCUUGAAAGUGAAAAGACUACAAAAGUGAUUAUCGAGUAUUAUCCGAUUUGUGUUCCUCAAUUUCUAAAAGUUGUAAACGGAAUUCCAAAGCUUCAUUAUGUUUUCUUAGAGUCGCUCAUCGCGAAUGGAUCAAUUCCACUUGAAACCAGUGACUACAACAAGUUCCUUACUCUUCAAUGUCAGUACAAUCCAGAGAAUGUUCUCGAGUUUCUUCAAAACUCAAAUCAUUCUUAUGACAUCCAUCAUGCGAUGAGUGUCGUCGAGGAAAAGAAUUUGACGACGUCUUUAAUUUAUCUUCAUGAGAAAAACGGAGAUUAUCAGAAAGCUUUUCAACUUUCAAUGGAUCUUCUCAAAGAUUCACCGGAAAGUCUUGCCGAAAAUUAUGCAAUGAAAGUUGGAUAUUUGUGUAUGCGUGCAUCAAAUAUUUUAAGUAUUUCUGAUCGUGAAUCUUAUUGGUUUGAGUUGAUUGAAGUGAUUUUAUCGCGAAGCUAUUUGAGUUCAAUUGUGAAGCAAAUUUUGCAUUUAGCGAGUGGUUCUGUGGAUUUAUCGAAAUUAGUUCAGCUUGUGAUGAGAAGUGGCGAAGGGAAUGGAAAAACCAAGAAUUUUGGUGAUGUCAAACAUAUUCUGAUUGGAAUGUUGAGUAACUUUGAAUACGAAUCUUUAUUGUUGAAGACAUCACAAAACAUUCUUGGCCGUGAUUUACAUAAGCGACUUGUUAAAGAGAAACAAAAUGCUAAUGUGGGAAUUUAUUGUAAGUCUUUAAAGUGUCAUUUAUGUAAACGAAAACUUUCCGAUGUUAUCAAAACAGCGACAGAAUCAAGUGAAGAUUCGAACGAUCAAAUAAUCGUGUUUAGUAUUUGUGGACAUUCCAUUCACAAUUCCUGUUAUCAGAAAGUUUCCAAACAAUGUGAAAAUACAGAUUCAAAUCUAAACACAAUCAUUUGUACUCAAUGUGGUAUUCAAAUACAAGAAGCGGAUUCUUUUUAUUUGAAACAAAAUAAAAUUAAUUGGAAUUCAAUUCCUCAGGAAGAGUUUUCAUCAGAUUUACAAUUGAAAGCUCCACCGCGAAUUGGAUUUGAUUACAAGGGAAAGUAG